AUGCAGGAUAUACUUAUUGUGGAUCUUGUGCAGCCCACGCUUACAAACAAGUGGACCCCAAUAUCACCCGAAAAAUUUUCAUUCUUGGGCCUUCCCAUCACGUGCCCCUCUCCCGAUGUGCACUUUCCAGUGUGGACAUUUACAGAACACCUCUGUAUGAUCUUCGAAUUGACCAAAAGAUUUAUGGAGAAUUGUGGAAGACUGGAAUGUUUGAGCGCAUGUCCCUCCAGACAGACGAAGAUGAACACAGUAUUGAAAUGCAUUUGCCUUAUACUGCUAAAGCCAUGGAAAGGUCAGAGGUUCCGUUACAGUUACUAUGAUGAAUCCCAAGGAGAAAUUUAUAGAUCCAUUGAGCACCUAGAUAAAAUGGGUAUGAGCAUUAUAGAGCAGCUAGAUCCUGUAUCUUUUAGCAAUUACUUGAAGAAAUACCAUAAUACAAUAUGUGGAAGACAUCCUAUUGGAGUGCUAUUAAAUGCUAUCAACGAGCUCCAGAAGAAUGGAAUGAAUAUGAGCUUUUCAUUUUUGAAUUACGCUCAGUCAAGCCAGUGUCGAAACUGGCAAGACAGCUCAGUGAGUUACGCAGCUGGAGCACUUAUGGUCCACUGAACUGCUGAAUGCUCAGGGAUGGCACCUGCACACACUCUGUAUACGGGGUCCCAGCCUAGCCCUUACAAAGAUACAGUCCCUGGUCUUUGGGUAUACUGAAACCUCAAACUAAUAGAACUCUGUUCUUUUCUAGUAGGUGUAGUCCUUCCUUAGUUUCGACUCAUUUAAGAAUGCUUUCUUGUUUAGGACAAUGGAAGGAAGACUGGUAUCAGAGUUUUUUGUGAGAGUUUUUUUUUUUCCUUUGGAAAAGAUAUGACUAUGAAGGCAUGGUGGUAGACUGUCCUUAAAAAUACAACAUGUAAAGCAUUUACCAUAUCCUAAAUUUGCACUCUUUGCAGACCUGUGCACAUAUACUCAGCUUUCAGAAUAGUUUUGCAAGUUGUAAACGGAAAAAGGGGGGAAAAGGGGGUGGAAGCUUUUUAAUAAAAGAAAAAAAAAGGAAAACAACGCAUUUAUAAAUGAUUCUGUAUUAGAAUAUAAUAAAACUCCAGUAUAGUCAGUUACUACCCGUGAUGUACAACAGAUAUCUUCUAUUUUAGUUGCUAAUAAAGGGCUACACAAACCAAAAUAGUCUGAUUUAAACUUAUUGCUUUGUGUUCUGUGUUGUCUUGGCUGCUUGUCAUUAACAUUCUUUAUCCUCAGUUCUUAUGCUUGAUAAUUCAGCCAUUCUGUAAAAUACUUUAGAAUGUAUUUUGUAUUCAACAUUUGUUGACUACAUCAUUUACAGAUUUUUUUAUUGUAAACCUGCACUAUG